AUGCAAAGUGAUUCGAAACCUCAACCCCCCAUCCCACGUCCUAUUAUCAGUAAACCUCAGCCUCCUAGUCCUCCUCUACCACCUCCUCCUAUCCCAGACAUGGGCGUCGCAUAUAGCUAUUUGGAUGCUGAAGUGUUACCCUCUUCCUACAAGGACUUUUCCACGCCUCAGCUAAUUUCAGUUGCAAAUGGAACGCCGUCAAUGUUCAAUAAUUACGACUCCGGUGAAAUCAAGCCACGGACACACCAGCAGUCUAAUUCACGGUCAGUUUCGCCGCCUCUGCCUCCCGGUGCUGCGCAACCAGCAAAUUUCCAAACUUCCCCAAGCAAGCACCAACAUAUGGGUUCGGUGCGUGUUCACCCUCCCGGGUUUUACCCACCGUCCCAAUCUCAAGUGCCCAUGACGCAACCUUUUAAUAAUACCCAGGUUCCCGUGCAGCAACCCACGCCGGUCAUGCUGCAGAAAUCUCCGAGCGUCCAGACGACUUCCGCCCCCCUAAGAGGGAAACCGAGAAUUUUUGCCGCGAUGGAGGCUCAGGAGAACGGAACUUCGUACAGUCAAGAUGAUCAUGCUCCUAUGGCACAGCAGGACAUGACCCAGCAUGCUCUUCCGCAGAUUCCACCCCAGCCAGAAGCUUUUUAUCGUCCACCUGCCAACCAACAUACCUCACCGCAGCAUCAGAAUCAGCCCCAGCUCCUGCCGCCGGUAGAAUUCACUUCUCCUCAAUUGCAAACCACUCUCCUUCCCAAUUCAUAUGUGAAUGGGGUCGAUCCUCAAUCAAUGCCCGCUUCUAUCACACCUCCUUCACCUAAAGCUCACGAUACCAAUUAUAUUUCUCACCAACUCGACAUGGAAUCUUCGCAGGAGCUUGAUGCCCCUACAGUAAGAUGA